AAUCCAGUUUCCAACGGGACGGCGCGAAAAUAGUCUCUCUUUCUCAUUGCUGAACCUUCCUUCACAGAAACCCUCUCUCUCUCUCUCUCUCUCUCUCUGAGGCAGACCGCGUCCGUAGCGUAGCGCAGGAGAAUUUUCAAAAUGGGUCUAUUUGGGUGCACGCUCUUUGUGGUUUAUUCGAUUUUUUUUCCUCUGAGGAUUUUCUACAAACAUGAGAGAUGCUAUUUUGGUGAGUGAGAAGAGGGUAGAAGAAAGGUUCGGAACCACCAUGAAUGGAGAAGAGGUCUGGGAGGUGAAGGCGAGGGUGACGCCUCUGUCGGCCAUGGCAGAGGCGUUCGAGCGACUGGAGAAGCUGGUCAAGCGUAGCUCUCAGGACCUCCGCCUCAGGACCCUGUGCGAUGCUUGCUCUCUCGUCUCCGUUCUCUUUAGCUCUCUCGGCAUCGCUUUCAAAUUCGCCGAGUUGGAGUACGUAUCCAAGGUGCACAAUCUAAUGGAAGCAUCGAAGACGUACAACACUUUACAGAAUAUACUUGACCUUGAUGUAAAAAAUGACACAGUGAGAACACCAGGAAGUCUUUCACGUAAUUUACGUCGAGUUAGGCAGGGUCUUGACCUCAUCAGAGCUUUAUUUGAACAAUUUUUAUCACCAGAUGAAUGUUCUUUAAAAGAAGCAGCUUCAACAGCUUAUGCACAAGUUUGUGCACCAUACCAUACAUGGGCAAUCAGGACAGCGGUUUUUGCAGGAAUGUAUACCCUACCUACCCGUGAACAGCUUCUGAUAAAGCUCAACGAAACCUGUGAGUUUGUAUUUUUUGUAAUUAGUUACUUCUGGAAUAGAAAUGCAAUUAUGUCAUUCAAUGUUAGGCUGCCCUUUGAAUCUCUCUCUCUCUCUCUCUCUCUCUCUAAAUGAGUAAAAAUUAGUAUAAAUUCUUCUUCCCUCUCCCUCCCCCUCCCCACUUUUUCCUUCCCUUCCUCAAGGUUUCAGGGCGGUCCUGCAUCAUAACUGAUUUUAAUAAUUUUUUUUUCUUUAAUUCUAAAACUGAAUUAUCUAAUGGACACAAUUUUUCGAGGUAUUUUAUGUUUUCUACCAGAACAAUUAAAGUUUUUGUUAUCAUGUAUAUUGUUGCAGAUCAGUCAGCAGAGAAGGAAAUGAAAAGGUAUAUAGAUGCCUCACUUCCAGUUAUAGAGUACAUUGAUAAACUUUACAUAUCCAGGAGUAUCAGCUUGGACUGGUGAGCGAUUUACUUCGCAAGGGGGCGACAUUUUUAUUCCGUUGUUGGAAAAGCAAUGUCAAAUAGGUGGCAGGAUCCAUGUAUAAAAUUUUUUUAUGGUAUAUAGUUUUAUGAUGAAAAAUAGAUCUGUACAUGGAAUGUUUGCAGAAAGGGAUAAUUACCGUUAUCCUGAACACAGCAUCAGUGAUAGAAUGAUUUUCCAUUUUGAUUGUGAUCA